UUUCGCAUGUUAGCAGAGCAGGCUUGAAUGGUCCCUUAUGCUUUGCUCUCUGUCCUGGGGCGGGGUGCUGUGAAAGGUGCUCAGGCAAGCUCCGAAGUUGCGACAUGGAUCCACUGACUUAUGAUGAUGUGUAUGUAAACUUCACUCGAGAAGAAUGGGCUUUAUUGAAUCCUUCACAGAAGAAUCUCUACAAAGAUGUAAUGUUGGAGACCUACAGGAACCUCAAUGCUGUAGGCUACAAUUGGGAAGACAGUAAUAUUGAAGAACAUUGUGAAAGUUCCAGAAGACAUGGAAGGUAAUUUUCAUGUGCAAGUGCUAUGAAUUUGCCUCUGAAGAAAUGUUCAUGUGUCCUGGUACUAUAAAAGAAA